AUGGAUAGAGAACCUAAAGAAGGACCAGGUGUCACUAUUCGAACAGCUGAGAAAGAUCACGUUGAUUUUAUAUUAAGAAAUGUCGAUUUAUCAGUAGCAAAUUCAAUAAGAAGAACAAUGUUGGCAGAAGUUCCAACUUUAUCUAUAGAUUUAGUUGAAAUUGAAAAAAAUACUUCUGUUUUAGCUGAUGAAUUUUUAUCUCAUAGAUUAGGUUUAAUUCCUUUAGUUAGUGAAGGUAUAAAAGAUUUAACAUAUUCAAGAGAUUGUACUUGUGAUAAUUAUUGUACCAAAUGUUCAGUUACUUUACAAUUAUUAGCUAGUUGUACUGCUGAAACAACAAUGAAUGUUUAUGCUUCAGAUUUACUUAAAACUACUCAUACUGGUUCAAAACUAGGUGAUCCAGUAUUUAGAGAUCCACGUAAUAGAGGUCCAAUCAUUUGUAAAUUAAGAAAAGAUCAAGAAUUGGCAUUAACUUGUAUUGCUAAAAAAGGUAUUGCUAAAGAACACGCUAAAUGGUCCCCAUGUGCUGCCGUUGGAUUUGAAUAUGAUCCUUGGAAUAAACUAAAACAUACCGAUUAUUGGUAUGAAGUUGAUGCUGAAUCUGAAUGGCCAAAAUCAAGAAAUUGUGAUUGGGAAGAAGCUCCUGAUCCAGAAGCUAAAUUUGAUUAUAAAGCAAAACCAAAUACUUUUUAUUUUGAUGUUGAAACUGUUGGAAAUUUACCUCCUAAUGAAGUUGUAGUAAGAGCAAUUGAAACUUUACAAAAUAAAUUAGGUGCUCUUACUGUGGAAUUAAAUUCUGAAAGUAUUGAAGGUAAUGAUGCUUCAAAUGCUGCUGCUGGUGGUUUCACUACUUAUGGUAGAACAGAUUAUGGUGGUAAUACCAAUUAUGGUGGCAAUACCAAUUAUGGUGGUUCUGGAGGUCCUGGUGAUGGUGGUCAAACUCCAUAUGGUGAUAGUGGAUUCGGUGGUGCUUCAUGGAAUUAA